AUGCAGCUAGUUCAAGCAUUAUUGCUUCUCGCACUUGCCCUUGCUGGCUCUCAUGUUUCAGCAUUUCCGCCCUACAAAACCCUAGUUGCACCCAUCACCAAAGACACCACCACUUCUCUCUACACCACCACCCUCAACUUCCAUGAGAACUACCUCGUCGAUCUCGGCGCUCCGUUCUCAUGGUACUCUUGCCAGUAUAAGCACCCUCCCGUAACUUGCAAGGCUGCGCCAUGCAUGUCGGCAAGGUCCUACCUCUCCCCACUUUGCCCUCCAUCCAGCAGCUCCUCCAACAACCGUUGCCAAAAUUGCAUCACCACUCCCGUCAACCCGCUUACCAAAACUUGCGCUCUGUCCGACCUCACGUACAAGAACGUCGCCCUUUAUGUCACAAAUGGCGGACACCCGACUAGUUCUAUAACUUUGAACGACAUAUACAUGUCCUGUGCUCCUGGGUACCUUUUGAAGUCUCUUCCUUCGGGCACUACUGGUUUGGCUUCCCUUUCGUGGGCUUCUCUCGCUCUUUCGACACAACUAACCCCUCCUCGUUUGGGAAUAACCAAGAAAUUCGCUAUGUGUCUUCCUAGUGUUUCUAAUGGUAAGGGUACGCUUUUCUUUGGAAACGGCCCGUAUCUCUUUAGGAGCCCAGCCUUGGUUGAUGUAUCCAGAUACCUUUCCUACACCCCAUUGGUAAAGAACCCUAAAUCAUCUGACUACUACAUCGGCCUCAACGGCAUAUCAGUUGCUGGGAAGGCAGUCCGUUUCCCAAGAAACGCAUUUUCCAUUGAUUCUUUUGGCCGUGGCGGCACGAAGCUGAGCACUGUGCUUCCUUACACUGUUCUCAGGAGCGAUGUCUAUGAUGCCUUGUCAGGGAGUUCAAGAUGGCCACCAAGCACAUUCCUCAAGCGAGAAAGUCUGCAAGUGGCGAGUGGGAAGGACUGGACAAUCUCUGGAGCGAACUCGAUGAAGCAAGUGAGCAAGGAUGUGGCCUGCCUGGCCUUCGUGGACGGAGGGAAGGCGGCCGAGCAAGCAGUGGCCAUCGGGUCUUACCAAAUGGAGGACAACUUCCUUGUGUUCGAUCUGGCUCAAUCGACGCUGGGGUUCAGUUCCUCAUUGCUGGGCUAUGCCACUACUUGCGCCAACUUCGAUUUCACAGUCAAACCUUGA